AUGGACUAUUCCGCCAUAUCAAACGAUCCUGAUCAUCCUGCGGGCACUUCUCCAUGGGCUUCACCUCGCCCGACCCAAACAACCUUUCCGGCUUCCGUGACUAGCGACAUCCCCCCUGCCCCCUUGCCUCCCCAAGAUCCUUACAAUGCCGAAUCGCAGCCUACCGAAACUCCUGGGUUCCAGGAGAACGAGAUUGGAUCGCCCGACUUGUCUGCGCGACUGCAGGGUGCACAACUGGGUGAGCCGGGCUAUGUUGAUGAGCACUCGCAACACACUCAGCAGCAGCAUGGACAACAGCCUCGCUCUCAGCUCCCCGCCCGCUACCAAACGGGCCCAAGACAGAAUCCCAGACAACCCGCACCUGUGUAUAGAAUCCAGGCGAAAGUCACGGGGCUAGAGAGAACGGGCAAGAAGGACCCUAUUCUUCGAUUUGAUACGAAUAUCCCCAAGUUUAGGACAACACAGUAUCGAGACGUUCGUCGUACCCAUGCCGAGUUUGUCAAGCUUGCGGACCAUCUGAUUUCGGCUAACCCGGAAGCGUUGGUUCCUGCGGUCCCCCCACCACUUACCCCUGCCGGCGCUGGAACCGAAGAGGAUGAAAUCAGAGUCAAGUCGUCUUUGCAACGGUGGUUGAAUGUUGUAUUGAGCAAUGAAGUUCUCAUCCAUGACGAUGAGGUGGUCCUGUUCGUUGAGAGUGAUUUCGGUUACAGUCCUGUAGUUCGGAUGAAACAACCUGCGACUGGGGUUCGAAGGAAGGUCUUGAAGCAGUUCGCGCCACCCCCCGAUGACACACCCGAAUUACAAAAUGCGCGUCCGAUUGUAAAGAUGUUCUAUCUUGGAACAAUGGAUACUAGUCACAAGGUUGACCGUGUCGUCAAAGCCCGUCGAGGACUCGGUCUCGCAGAAUCCGACUUUGGUGUUAAGUUAGGCCAGAUGCACGUGCAAGAGACGCACCCUGGACUGUCAAAUGCAUACCGGAAAUUGGGAAAGAUCAUCCAAACGGUCGGGGAUUUCCAUGCCGUCCAGGCGACUGCGGAGGCCACAACACUGGGGGAUCCGCUAAGCUACCACUCGUCCGAUGCCUUUAUUGUCAAGGAGACUCUUACAAAUCGCCACAUCCUCCUUCGUGAUUUGAUCCAAGCUCAACAGGCAACAAGGAGCAAACGCGCCGCCGCUGAUCGCCUCAAAGUCAGUUCCUCCGUCCGCCCGGACAAGGUGGACGAGGCCAUCAAUGCCCUGGAUGAGGCUCAGGGCCACGAGGACUACCUGACGAAGCGAACACAGCGGGUUACGUCGAACUUACUCGCCGAGAAGCAACGUUGGUUUGACCGGACGACUAACGACAUGCUGGCCAGCCUCCGCGAGUAUACGCUGCGCCAGAUUGAAUCCGAACGGAGGACCCUCGCUACCUUGGAGAGUGUGCGACCUGAUAUUCGAGCCAUUGACGCUUCGGGAGGACUCAGCCGUCUAGGACGUGAAUCCCACCCAACCGCUCGCCGACCUAACCUUGGUUCAAGUCAAGGCCCCAAGGGGGAUGCUUGGAGCGGCAUACCGCGUCGCAGCGACAGCCUUGGCCGGAGUCUCAGUGGCAGUUUCGUUGCACCCACCCCAACUGAAGACGACGAAGAAGUCAACGGACACGGCACCGGUAAAGGGCGCCUGCGCUCUGCCAGUGGUGUGAGCUCGAUUGUGGAGGAAGACGACGAUGAUCGCCUUGACGCUCGUAACGCGGCUAGUCGCCUGGCCACGAGCACUUUCUAA